AUGGCGGAAACACACUUUACGGAACCAACGACCGAGUACUGGCAAGAAAUUGAAGACCACGAUAGACCUAUUCCAGAAGCGCCAUGGAAGUUCAAAUAUCCAGCUCUUCUCCUUGAUGAUAAAUUUCUCUACCUCCCUAUACGUCCACUCCCAUCCAGCACACCAGACUCAGCCCCAAAAGAAGCAGUGGCCUCACUCUCCCUCACACAAUGCUCUUUCGCCGUAUCCGAAACCCUAGCAUCACAGCUCGCUAGCUUGAUAAAGUGGAAAUAUAGCUCUCAUAUCGAUAUUGUGAUUGGACUUCCAACGCUAGGCCUCGGUAUUGCAGCUGCCGUGGCGAAGGAAUUGGGUCACUCAAGAUACAUACCCCUAGGCUACUCCCGAAAAUUCUGGUUCAAAGACGAGCUAUCCACAAACCUCACCUCCAUCACCUCCCCCGACAUGAUCAAAAAAGUCUACCUAGACCCCGCACUUCUCCCUCUCGUCAAAGACCAACGCGUCUUAAUCGUUGACGACGCAAUUAGUUCAGGCCAAACCCUCCUCGCAAUCUGGAAUUUCCUGGAGAGCGAGCAAUUAAAUUGUAGGGUCACUUCUGUUGGCGUAGCCAUGAAACAGGGAUCACGCUGGAAAGAGGUAUUGGGUGAGGAGCGCGCGGAGAAGGUUGUGGGUGUUUUUGAUAGUCCACUUUUGAGGGCUGUGGAGGGAGGUUGGGUUGUUAGGGAGUAG